AUGACUAACACAUCACUUAAAGAUCUCCUACCACUAUGCCAAUGUGGCCAACAAGGCCCUUCAUCUUCCCUUGCCUUCAGGGAAAGGAAGGCACAGCAGAAAAUAGAGAAACCGGUGUCCCUGGGAUCCUGGCAGGAUUUCUCUGUGACUCUGCUAGCUCCCCUGGCCAUUACUGCCCUGAGCUGCCAGGAGCCUAAGAAGAUGAAGGCAUCCGUGAUUCUGUCUCUCAUUGGCUACCUUGUGGUUCCAAGUGGUGCUGCCGUCAUGGCACGCUGCAGGGUGGCGAAGAAGCUUUAUGAAGGUGGCCUGGAUAAUUUUGAGGGCUACAGCCUUGAAAAUUGGGUGUGCCUGGCUUAUUUUGAGAGCAAGUUCAACCCCACGGCCAUCUACGAGAACUUGCCUGGUGGCUACACUGGCUACGGCCUCUUUCAGAUCCGCAGCCAUGACUGGUGCGACAGGGGCAAGAACCGCUGCCACGUGUCCUGCUCUGCUUUACUGAAUCCAAAUUUGAAGAAGACGAUUGAAUGUGCCAAGAGAAUUGUAAAAGGAAAAGACGGUAUGGGAGCAUGGCCCUCUUGGUCCCUGAACUGCCGGUUAGCGGACAAUCUGGAGAGGUGGUUGGAUGGGUGCAGGUUCUAG